AUGAAAGUAACAGAAACAGCUGCUACUGCGCGUGCGCGAUCAUCUCCGUGUCAUCCUGUAGUUUACGGAGGUCUUUCAACCAUACAGGGCUUCAAAUUAGACAUAUGUAGUAACUCACCUGCGCGCAGCGCCCGCGUUAAUACUUAUCUCAAGUGGUCGCAGGAAUUCCAUCACAAGCAACAGAAACGAGAAUAUCAGGUGCAUCCAGAGGAGCUGCAGGGGAAACAGCAUCAAUGCGUGCAAGCCAUUUCUGAGGCGACAAUUGGAGUAUCCAGGACGCGGAGCAAUGGCACUGGCAACAACAGAGAUGGCGAUGGCGCGCGCCGUGUUGGCAGUAGCUGCAAAAAUCUAUCUGGGUGCUGCCAUGUGCUGGAAGCGGAAAUUGCUUCAGAAGCAGCGGCAGUAAUUUCCUCAGCCACUGAUGUAGAUACGGAUCGCCUGUGCCCUAGCGCUCGACAGAACGAGGUGUUCCGACAGGGCCAGGGGCCUAGUACUGUUGCUGCUCUCCCUACACGAGCACGUCGCUCAAGUUUAGCGGCUGCAUCAGAUGGGCAUACACGUUGUGUGACUUCCCAGGGAGUGCCGGCAACUGUUUCCAGCAGGACAACGACAAAAUGCGCUCUAGUGGCCAGUUCUGGCUGCACUGCACCAUCUCGAGUAGAGCCGGCAAGCGCUAGAGUAACGGCUGCGUCCAGUGGUGCCUCACAACUGCGCCAGGUAGAUGUACCUAAACCAAGCAGUGCCUCACCAAUCGGUACUCCAGAUGCGGCUGCAGUGGACAACGGUGAUGUGGCAGUUGUGCCUGCUUGCAGCAGCUGCUCGUUAACUUCUGCGUCGAUCUGGAAGAGGUGGCAGGCUUUGCUAUGUGAGACGGAUCCGCAGCGGCUAGAAGAACUGCUGCUGAAGUUUCCUCCUAUUUGCAAGAAGCAUAUGAAGAAAAUAGGAACCUCCGGCCGUAAGGAGUUUGUCGUUAGCUUCCGGCAGCUACUGCGUCUGCUGGAGACUGCGGCCCUUCAUCCACAUGCGACGGAAGCUUCCGUCUCCGUUUUAAGACAACGUGUCCGGCUGGGACUAGAAGAGCAUGCAGCAGGAUUGGGCACAGCUACCGGACCUGCAGGCACUUCUGGACACAGCGCAGUGGUUUCUUAUGUGAAUUCAGUAGCAGCUGAGGAUGUUGCCCGUCGUCUGGCGUAUGUGGAGGGCGGACUGGCUAUGCUUGCCCUGGAAAAGGGGGCACAGUUGAUGCAGAGUCUACGGGACUUUGACUGUGCCGACAGCUUCCUCCUUGAGGCCACGGGGCAAGGUGCGCCUCCGCGUGUUGGUUGUGCUGCCCCCCGAUGGACAUUCAAGGCCAUCGAUGGGCCCCAGCAUGCGCCGCCUAGCCGGCAGAAGAGCUUUUGGCAACAGCUGGAGAGCGGGUCUCUCCUCAUUCUGAAGCCCGUUGACGAAGUCUGUUGUGUUGCGUUGGGAACUGUUGAUGAUGCUGCCGCUGUAGAAUUCACCUCUGCUGUUUCAGCGUUGCUGGCAAAAGAGCUUCAGUUACUUCAUGGUGACUCAUUUGACUUCUCUUGUGUUACGGAGCAAGCAGCAGCUGCCGCAGCAGAGUCAGCUUCUGCUUUAAUGGUUUCACGCUCAGAUGUAUCUGGGACGAUGUCUGUCUACACAAGUGGUGGACAGAGCCUGAAGCAAAUGCAACAGCUGACCGUGCCACAGUCACUGCAGAAGCUGCUAAAGAAUGGAGGGGGGAAGUACCGUAUCCGCUGCGUGGUCUGUGGCCGCACCCUCCUCGUGUCUGCGGAUGAAUUACUUCGGAGCCCCAUGAACUGUCCCGAUUGUGAAACGUCAUCAGAGGCAAUCAAAGCAACAGUAACAAAAACAGCAUGCUGGAGGGCACAAACCUGCGGCACAUCGUUUGUCAAUGAGUCAUCAGUAGACAAUUCUCCUUCAUUGAUAAGUAAUGUGCAACAGCAGCAGGAGCUCGAGCAUGUGCUGAAACAACUGGAAACGGCAACAUCUUGGAGAGCCAACAGAUUUGCGUUGGCGUCCCCGGCCUUCAUUGCAUCCGUAUGUAGCAGCAGCAGACUGCCGAAUAUUAAAGUCCGUGUGCACCCCUUUCCAGAAUCAGCGCAUGGAGAUUGUGGCUCGUGCGACGACAUCAACGCACCAGCUGCCGAUGCAGCGGGACCUGCUUUAUUUCGCCAAAAUUCCACAAAGCCUAAAAGGGAGCACUUGCGGAGUGAAGGUUUCUCGCUUUCUCCAGGGGCGCGCUUUUGGGCAAUGCCUGUAUCGUUUAUUGCAGCGGUCCACGCUCGUCAGGUAGAGGCGCUUGCACAAUUGGCCGAAAGUGCUUCAAUGCAGCUGUUGCUUGAAGGAACUCGUGCAGUAGCAUCAGCAAGGGAAGAAGAGAAAGCACCGUCAGCCGCCUACCCACGUGGAAAUCGUAUUUUGGAAGUCUUGACAGCUACAGAGGGGCAAGAUACACAUGAAUCUGUUCAAGUUAGCAGAGGUCCUCCUUCACCAGCAUCGUCCUGUUCCGCCGGAGGUGCACAAGUAGCCACGUCAUUAUCUGGGAUUGGACUUUCUGGUGUAUCAGGAUCAGCUGCAGCGCACAUCUCAGAAGUGCAGGGGAUGGCUUCGGAAACCUCUUUAAGCUUUCUUACGCCCAGGCAGCGUGAAGCCGUCUCUGCAGCUACAACCCAAGGGACCCGCAUCGUGACUAUAGAAGGCAGGCCAACCAAAUUCAUCAAUUCUGGAAUGCAGUUAGCGCCAAAAGCGCUCCAAAGGAUCUAUUGGAAUUCAUUUGUAGCAUACUCGGUUGGGCCUCCGGGAACGGGAAAGACAGCUGUUGCUGCCUCUAUAGUUCGCGAAUGGCUGUCGGCAUGUGUACAGACAAUUCGCCUUUCUGACGAAGAAGCGGUACUGGAAGCGCUCCAGGCAUCAUCGCCCCCACACAGAGGCCAUCGCCUAGCCAAGCUGAAGUUGCAACCUCGUCGGGUUCUUGUAGAUGAAAGCUCGCAGCUUACCGGCCUUGGGGCUUUGGUUAACGGCGCUGAAAAGGUGGUGCUGAUUGGCGAUGAGCGGCAACUGCCACCUGCAUCAGCUCUGGCAGCAUCAGCGUCGCCUCGCUCCUUGUUUAGUGCCCUCAAAGGCGGCGCGUGUAAGUCGGUUCUGCUGAAUCUUCAGUUCCGAAUGCCUCCACUCCUAGCCGCAUUUAUAUCUUCGCACUUUUAUGAGGGACAACUGCUAACGCACCCUUCUCGAACGUGCAAUUUGUCCGUUGACGGGUUCCCACUGCCGUCGAACCAAGCUGAAAAGAGCCAGCAGCAGUUUCAGCGGCGGCCCGAAGGCGUCGAUUUGACGCCGCUUGUGGAAUCUCCACAGCAUGCAGUUGCAGCUUCGAAUAUCAGUAGAGUGGCUAGUCAAUGCAGCGUUGGCCCGCGGAGCAUAUUUGGGAAGAUGGCCUCGCUUCACUGCAAAUAUUCAUUCGGAGGGAAUCAGACGGUUGCAAUUAAAUCGCUGGAGACAAGUCAGGAUAAAUAUCGUUUCCCGUGGCCUGACGGCAGUGAAGGAGACAAAGAUCUUGCUAAGAGGCUUUUGGAGCAGCUAGGAGUGCAGGGGAAAUCUUCAGAACACUCAGCCCCACCGUUUCAUUGGGUGCAGGAGCUGCAUGCAUCCCCUUGGCCUGACGUCCUCCCCAUUCUGUUUUUGGACACAUCUCCUUGGGCAUCACGACCUUGCAGAAUGCUGGCAAAGGUCGCGUUGCCCUCUUCAGCACCAGGAGGCACAGCGGAAACUUUCGAUCCUUCGGGUACUGCAGGAUUAACACGUAGUGCAGACGGAUGCAAAACACUGCUGAAGAGCCUACCUGCGGAGCAACGCGUCAAAAGCUCCCUCCAAAAUCCGCUGGAGGCUUUCAUGGUGUACAAGUGCGUGCAAGUGUUACUCAGUUGCGGUACCUCGAAAAAGGAUAUUGCAGUUCUGACACCAUACCAGGCUCAAGCGCAGCUCCUUUCUCGCGUUCUGCACCCCGUGGAGAGGGAGCACAACUCCCGAGGGAGCGUCAAGCGGUCGAGUCGGCUCUCAUUCGUUCAGCCAGCGUUUGACGUACUGGACGAGAGGUGCCGUCCGCACCCGCAGGUCUUUACAGUUGAUGGAUUUCAAGGCCAUGAGAGAGAGUACAUCAUAUUAUCUACCGUAAAGGCGUCUCGUAAGAAUUUACGGGAGUUUUUUCUCUUUGACCCACGACGGAUUAAUGUUGCAUUGUCGAGGGCCAGCAGAGGUCUCAUUAUUGUAGGCAAUGCACAUGCACUUGCUGACGCCUCACCAACAUGGAAUAGCUUCCUCUUAUUCCUGAGGACCCUCGGAGCAGCACUGCCUUUGGAUCAUCCCUCGCUGAGGACGAGCCUUACAAAGGGUUUGCUUCUUCCCCGCCCCAAAGCCUCUCAACGUCUCAAGCAAGACCUGCCGCGAGAUGUGAACCCUUCGAAGCGCGUGAUAAAUUGGGAAUGGUAA